GUUGAAACUAUUUUCUGUAUCAAAGCCAGUUCAGUCAUUUCCAUUUCAGCCUUCGAGUAAGACAGUAGACCUCGCAAUGAGUAAUCAUACCAAUAUUUUAGAGAACAAAGUGAUCAAUUUUGGUGCCGGACCAGGCAAACUGCCGGAACAGGUAUUAAUACAAGUACAACAAGAAUUGCUCGCCUAUGGUAAUACUCAAAUUAGUAUUUUGGAAUUGAGUCACAGAUCAGCUGAGUUCAAAAGCGUUAUUGAAAAUGCACAAGCAACGUUGCGAGAAAUACUACAUGUACCUGAUAAUUAUAAAAUUUUGUUUAUGCAAGGAGGUGGAACAGGAAUAUUUGCCGCUGUUCCUUUAAAUAUGAUGACAACUGAUACCGCAGACUACUUAGUAACUGGCACGUGGUCGGCCAAAGCAGCGAAAGAAGCGGCCAAGUAUGGCAAAGUAAAUUUGGUCUUGCCACAAACUACGAAAUACACGGAAGUUCCUGACCCAUCUACUUGGAAUCUGAAUCCCAAUGCGUCUUAUGUUUACUAUUGUGCAAAUGAAACAAUUCACGGAAUCGAGUUUAAUUAUAUCCCUGAAACGAACGGAGUACCACUGGUCGUUGAUAUGUCAUCGAAUAUACUUACAAGACCUUUCGACGUUUCGAAAUUUGCUGUAAUAUUUGCUGGUGCGCAGAAAAAUAUCGGUCCGGCUGGUGUGACUCUCGUGAUAGUGAGAGAUGAUGUUCUCGGUCAUGCCUCGAAGUUCUGUCCAAUAAUGUUCGAUUUCACUGUUUUGGCAGCUGAUAAUUCUAUACACAAUACACCACCGGUAUUUCAAAUAUACGUAGUUGGGCUAGUUUUCAAAUGGAUCAAAGAACACGGUAGUGUUGAGGGGAUGGAGAAACUGGCAAUUGCAAAGAGUCAAAAGAUAUACGACAUGAUCAACAAAUCAAAUGGUUUCUAUUCAUGUCCAGUUAAAUCCGAUGUAAGGAGUAGAAUGAAUGUGCCAUUUAGGAUAGGCAAAAACGAUGAACAAUUAGAAAAAGAGUUUCUAUCCGGUGCGAGUGCACGCGGAAUGCUUCAAUUGAAAGGUCACAGAUCAGUAGGUGGAAUUCGAGCGUCUAUGUAUAACGCUGUUACCGUGGAGGAAGUAGAAGCAUUGGCAAAAUAUAUGAUGUGGUUCUAUGACAAAUAUAAUAAAAAUUAGGAAAUU